AAAAAAUUAUUUGAUUCGAUAUUUUGCUCCAUUAAUACGAUGUCGGAAGGAAAAUCAUUGUCGUCAAAUAAUAAUUCAACCAAUUUGAAUUAUGGCUCAACAUCAAAUAAAGAUACACAUAAACCACCAUCUCCUCCAAGUUCACCGCCAGUUUUACACUAUCCACCACCUCCACCGACAUUUGGCAAAUCUCUUAAACUUAUAGUUAAAAAUUCAUGGUUAAACAUACUAUUAAUAUUUGUACCGCUCGGGUAUAUAGCUGAUGCAUUGGAAAUGAGUGAUACUUGGGUUUUCUUUCUAAACUUUUUUGCUAUAAUUCCAUUGGCUAAAUUACUAGAAUUUGGAACUGAAGAUAUUAGUUUGAGAGUUGGUCAGACGAUCGGUGGUUUGUUAAAUGCUACUUUUGGAAAUGCAGUAGAAUUAAUUGUUUCCAUAAUUGCACUUAAGGAAGGACAAAUACGUGUUGUCCAAGCAUCAAUGCUUGGAGGAAUUGUUUCAAAUUUAUUACUGGUGUUAGGACUGUGCUUUGUUUGUGGAGGAUGUUAUCAUAAAGUACAAACAUUUAAUAAGACUGCUGCACAAACAACUUCAAGUUUAAUGACUGUAGCAUGUAUUGGUUUAAUUAUUCCUGCUGCUUUUAAUUUUUCCGUUGAUACUACCAAAAAUGAGCGUAAAGAUGAACUUUUAAAUUUGUCUCACGGAACGGCGAUUGUAUUACUAACAAUUUAUGGUCUUUAUCUUUUUUUCCAAUUGAAAACUCACUCGGAUUUAUACGCUGCAGAAUCUGAAGAAGAAGAAGACCCUAAAUUAUCUCCUUUCGUAUCGAUAUUAUUAUUGACCGUUGUGACUAUUUUUAUAUCCUUUUCUGCUGAUUGUUUAGUUGAUUCAAUCGAAGGAAUUGUUGAAUCUUCUGGAUUAAGUAGAACAUUUGUCGGUUUAAUUUUAUUGCCGAUUGUUGGCAACGCUGCUGAGGUAGUUAUCGUUACUUCGCAAAUCGCACUUUUCAUUACACCAUUCCUAGUUGUGCUUGGAUGGAUAAUAGGAGUAGACAUGUCAUUAUAUUUCCAAUCAUUUGAAACUGUCGUGUUAUUUAUUGCAGUUUUGUUAACUAGUUUCCUCAUUCAGGAUGGUGAAUCUAAUUGGCUGGAAGGUGUUUUGUUACUAGCCACAUAUAGUAUUGUAGCUUUAGCUUUCUUCUUUUACCCCAAUGAAGAUUAUAAUCCCUGAAAUGGGAUUUCGGUAAUGAAAUUAAUAUUUUUAAAUUAAAAUUUCAAACUAUAUUUACUUUAUGCUUAUUACAUGUAAUUUUAUAUUUUAACGUUAAAUAAACAUUUUAAAAAAAGUCGUGUAAAAAUU